GCCUCCCCCCACUGGGCUGGAGCCCUCUGCCCUUGUCCGUGAAGCCCUGCUCACCAUGUUUUAUGGGACCCCCUUCGUCAUGUCUCCGCCCAGCAAGAGCAAGCUGAAGCGGCAGAGCCAGCUGUUGUCCCGUGUGCUGUCCCGGACGCUGAGCUACAAGUACCGGGACCUAGACGCCACCUUCUCCAGCCUGGGCGCCAGUGAUGACCCUGCCGAGCUCUCCACACAGCUGUCAGCGCCUGGCGUCCUGAAGGUGUUUGGGGACGGCGUCUGCACAGGCACCCACUACAAGAGCGUCCUGGCCACGGGGACCUCCAGUGCCCGUGAGCUGGUGAGGGAGGCGCUGGAGCGAUAUGCCCUGGACCCUGCGCAUGCUGGCCACUACGUGCUCUGUGAUGUGGUGGGCCAGACCGGGAGCCCCGGGCAGCGGUGGCAGGCCCAGUGCUUCCGGGUGUUUGGGGACAGCGAGAAGCCCCUCUUGAUCCAGGAGCUAUGGAAGCCCCGGGAAGGGCUGUCUCGGAGGUUUGAGCUGAGGAAGAGGUCGGAUGUGGAGGAGCUGGCCGCCAAGGAGGUGGAUACCAUCACGGCAGGGGUCAACGCCCAGGCCCGGAGACUGCAGCGGAGCCGUGCAAAGGGCGCCCUGGCCCUGGCCCCCGGGGGCGCCCGGAGCUCCCCUCCUCCAAGGCUGCGCCGCACAGUCAGCGAGACCAGCCUGAGCCCAGCCUCCACCCUCCCCGACGCUGCCCAGGGCUCCGAGGGGCCCGGCCAGGACGCCAUGCGCUACUCGCUGUACCAGUCCCCACACCUGCUCCUCCUGCAGGGCUACAGCCAGCAGCACGACAGCCUGGUAUACGUGCUCAACCGGGACCGGCACACGGUGGGCCAGCGGACGCCCUCCAGCAAGCCCAGCAUCAGCCUCUCUGCCCCUGACAUCCUGCCCCUGCACUGCACCAUCCGCCGGCAUGUGCCCCCGGGCGCUGGCCAGGCCGCGGGGAGGCUGGUCCUGGAGCCCAUCCCCGGGGCGCCCAUCUCCGUCAACUUCUCCGAGGUGGGGCGGAGGACCGUGGUGCUAGACCACGGGGACCUGCUCUCCCUGGGCCUUUACUACCUGCUGCUGUUCAAGGACCCCGCGCAGGCCCAGCCCCUGCCUGCCCGAGCCCUGGCCCGCCUUCGAGCUGUGCCGCAGAGCUGCAGGAUGUGCGGGGCCGUGCUCAGGGCCCGGGACACCGUCUCCUUGCCGGCCACCCUUCCUCGGCGACGGCAGCUGCACUUGGAGUUUGAGCCCGACCUGGAGGACGCGCUGCUGCGGAGGAUCAUGACGCUCGUCGAGCCGGGGGGCGACGACCACAAGCUGACCCCCGCCUUCCUCCUCUGCCUCUGCAUCCAGCAUUCAGCCACCCACUUUGAGCUGGGCGCGUUUGGACAGCUCCUGCUCAAGAUAGCCAAGACGAUCCGAGACACCGUCUGGGAGAAAACCAAAGAGCUGGCAGAGAAGCAGGCGCAACUCCAGGAGCCCAUCUCGUUGGCCAGCUUUACCAUGGCUGACCUAGUUCCAGACCUGCAGCACAUUCUUUUCUGGAUGUCUAACUCCGUCGAGCUCCUGUACUUUAUCCAGCAGAAAUGCCCACUCUACAUGCAGAGCAUGGAGGAGCAGCUGGACGUCACAGGCUCGAAGGAGUCUCUGUUCUCCUGCACGCUGACGGCCAGCGAGGAAGCCAUGGCGGUGCUGGAGGAGGUGGUGCUGUACGCCUUCCAGCAGUGCGUCUACUACGUCUCCAAGUCCCUGUAUGUCUGCCUCCCGGCCCUCCUGGAAUGCCCCCCGUUCCAGACGGAGCGCCGGGAGAGCUGGUGCUCGACCCUCGAGCUGCCCGAGGAGCUGCGCCGCGUCGUGUCCGUGUACCAGGCGGCCCUGGACCUCCUGCGGCAGCUGCAGGUGCACCCCGAGGUGGCCUCGCAGAUGCUCGCCUACCUCUUCUUCUUCUCUGGCACUCUGCUCUUCAACCAGCUCCUCGACAGGGGCCCCUCCCUGAGUUGCUUCCAUUGGCCCAGAGGCGUCCAGGCCUGCACCCGCCUGCAGCAGCUCCUGGAGUGGACGAGGAGCGCCGGCUUUGGGGCCGCCGGAGAGCACUUCUUUCAGAAGCUCUCCUGCACCCUCAACCUGCUGGCCACGCCCAGGGCCCAGCUCAUCCAGAUGAGCUGGGCAGCCCUGCGGGCCGCGUUCCCCGCCCUGAGCCCGGCACAGCUGCACCGGCUGCUGACUCAGUACCAACUGGCCUCGGCCAUGGGCCCCACGAGUGCCUGGGAGCCGGGGGCCCAGGACAGCCCCGAGGCCUUCAAGUCAGAGGAUGUCCUGGAGUCCUACGAGAACCCCCCACCCAUCGUCCUGCCAAGCGAGGGCUUCCAGGUGGAUCUGGAAGCCAGCAGCCUGGACGACAGCAUCUACCAGCACCUGCUGUACGUGCGCCACUUUCUGUGGGGCCUGCGGAGCAAAGCCAGCCCUGGCAGCCCUGGGAGCGGGCCGGCCCAGCCGGAGUGUCCCAAGGGUGGAGGAGGGGCGGCUCGGGUGUUGUGGUCCAGCCAGCCGGAAAGAUGUGCUCAGGGGAACCCGGAGGCCUGCAGGGAGGAGGAGGUGCGGCUGGAGUCCUCGGGUGUGGAGGCCAGCUGCCUGUGUGCCUGUGUGCUCAUGCACGUGUGGUAUGUGUGUGAGUCCAAGGGGAUAGGGGAGCCGAGCGCGGGACGCCUGAGGCAGGCCCCCACCUCCCCUGACGAGCCCCAGCGCACGGUGGCAGCUGGGGGGCGGUGCAGGCUUGCGGGAGAGGCCAGGGCCGAGGCUCUGGGGCCGCGCACACCACCUCCCGCCUUCUCUCUCCAUCGUGGGCUCAGAGCGGUGGACCUGAUCCGGCACGGGGGCAAGAAGAUGCGGUUUCUGGUGGCCAAGUCCGAUGUGGAGACAGCCAAGAAGAUCCGCUUCCGCACGGCCCCUCCCUAG